GCCUCGAAGGAUACAAUGUACGCCUUAACCACCAUGCAGCACGCGACCUGCUCCCUUUGGUCAUUCCAGGAUGUCCUUGCGCAGCUCAUAAUAUCCUUAUAGUAACGCGGCCGUUUUCGUGCAUGAACCUAGUCUUUCCACAAGCAGAAUUGGCAGCCAGGAAGUGAUAGGCAGGUUGAUUACCAGAUCAGGUCUGGCACGAGCCUCGGGGUGGUCUUUUCACACUUGAUCAAGUAAUCAAUCUGUAGAAUCACAAGCGGGUCCGGCGAGUUGGCGCCUCCCAUCUCUAGAACAGGCAGCUGAUCAAAUCAGGGACUGUUCAAUGGUGAGCAAGAGACGAUCCGACUGGUGUUUUCCUGAACUAGGAGCUUGUCAUAUCCAGUGAAUUGACGGGGCUUACUCUCCACAAUACGGACGUGUAGGUGUAUAAAGCACUGUGCCUCCGGUUGUUUGUUCGACGCUUCGUCUCGUUUGUACAUCCACUACAUCCGCCAAGAUGGUCAAAUCCGGGCUCAUUGCAGCUUUCGCUGCUUACGUACACGUUGCACAAGCUUCAUGUCCGUUCAUGGAAGCUGAUACUCGCGACGUGCCUGCCAGUCACCCUCAGGUCAAGCGGGCAGAUGGAUCCUACAGCGUACCCUCAAAGACCGACGAGUUCAUGGCCCAGUACGAAGUCAAUGACACAGACGUGUACAUGACUACGAACGCCGGAGGACCAAUUCCUGAUCAGGAAAGCUUAAGUGCUGGCGAGCGUGGACCUACACUGUUGGAAGACUUCAUCUUCCGUGAGAAGAUCACCCAUUUUGACCACGAGCGUGUACCUGAGCGAGCUGUUCACGCCCGAGGUGCUGGUGCUCAUGGUGUCUUCCAGAGCUAUGGCGACUGGUCAAACAUCACAGGUGCCUCUUUCUUGAGCACCCCGGACAAAGAGACUCCGGUCUUCAUUCGAUUCUCUACAGUUGCUGGCAGUCGAGGAUCAGCUGAUACUGUGCGUGACGUUCACGGUUUUGCUGUCCGCUUCUAUACAGACGAAGGCAACUUCGAUAUCGUUGGUAACAACAUUCCUGUUUUCUUUAUUCAGGAUGCCAUCAAGUUCCCAGAUCUCAUCCAUGCCGUUAAGCCUAAGCCAGAGAGCGAGAUCCCACAAGCCGCGACUGCCCAUGACAGCGCUUGGGAUUUCUUCAGCCAGCAGCCGUCUUCCAUGCACACCCUCUUCUGGGCAAUGAGCGGUCACGGCACCAUCCGUUCCUUCAGACAUAUUGACGGUUGGGGCGUGCAUACCUUCCGUUUUGUCACCGAUGAAGGCAAGACCAAGCUCGUCAAGUUCAGGUUCAGGACAAUGCAGGGCAAGGCCUCCCUCUUAUGGGAGGAGGCUCAAGCCACCGCAGGAUUGAAUGCCGAUUUCCACCGUCAGGACCUGUUCGAGAGCAUCGAGAACGGUCAGUUCCCUGAGUGGAUCUUUGAGGCUCAGGUCUUCGAAGAAGAGGACCAGUUGCGCUGGGGGUUCGAUGUGCUCGACCCGACCAAAAUCGUUCCCGAGGACAUCGUCCCCUUCACGCCUCUUGGCAAGCUUACAUUGAACCGCAACCCUCGUAACUACUUCGCGGAGACGGAGCAGGUCAUGUUCCAGGUCGGCCACGUAGUACGCGGGAUCGACUUUUCCGAGGAUCCCCUGCUGCAAGGACGCCUGUUCUCCUACAUGGACACUCAGCUGAACCGACACGGCGGCCCCAACUUUGAGCAGUUGCCCAUCAACCAGCCCAGAGUGAAGGUCCACAACAACCAGCGUGAUGGAGCUGGUCAGAUGUAUAUUCCCCUCAACACAGCGGCCUACUCUCCCAACACUCUCAAUGCUGGUUCGCCCAAGCAGGCAACACAAAAGGAUGGCCGCGGCUUCUUUACUGCUCCUAACCGCUCUACUGGAGGAAGUCUUGUACGCUCUGUGUCCUCCACCUUUGCCGACGUCUGGUCGCAGCCGAGGUUGUUCUUCAACUCGCUCCUUCCUGUCGAGCAGCAGUUUGUCGUCAACGCUAUGCGCUUCGAGGUCUCUCAGUUGAAGAGUGAUGUCGUCAAGAACAACGUUCUCAUCCAGCUCAACCGCAUUAGUCACGAUGUCGCCGUCCGUGUUGCCGAAGCUAUUGGCAUGACUGCACCCGCGGCUGACGAUACUUACUACCACGAUAACACUACAAUCGGCGUCAGCGUCGCCGAGUCACCCCUUCUGAAGCUUGACGGCCUCAAGGUUGGGUUUUUGACAUCCAACGCCGCCAGCCGCGACAUAGCCUCCAGCCUCAAGGCCGCUCUCAAGGCCGUCAACGUUGGCUUCUCCGUUGUUGCCGAGCACCUUGGCGAUGGCAUCGACCAGACCUACUCCGCGACUGCGGCGAUCCAAUUCGAUGCAAUCAUUGUUGACGGCAGCUCCAGCGCUCUGUUCGCGGCUCCUGGAAACCUUGCCAACAGCAACACCACUGCUUCCAACACUACUUCCAGCUGGCGUUCGACCCUCUUUCCUGCCGGUCGUCCUCUGCAAAUUGUUCAGGAUGGCUACAAGUGGGGCAAGCCUGUCGGUGUGGUUGGCUCUGAUAGUCAGGUCUUCUCCGCUGCCGGCGUCCAGGCCGGUACCCCAGGUGUUUAUGCAUUCGGCUCAAACGGCACGGCCUCGAUUGUGGAGAAGCUCUCCGAGGGCCUCAAGACUUUUAAGUUCUUAGAUCGUUACCCUCUCGACAAUUAGAGAUAGUUCGUCAGCACAUGGUAGUCGUGUUCACAUCUCCUAUAUACUUUUAGCGUACAAUUGCAAACUAGUAGCGGCUUUUUUCGCCACGCAGUCUCCGACAAGGUCUUUGAUGUGGAUUGGCGUCAUGGUUUUAAACUUAUAUUCUCGUGAGUGACAAUGUCGCGGAUCGUCUUUCAGAGCUGAAUGUAAACCCUGUCUCAAACACGUUCGGUUUCCAGGAUGCGACACAAAGAUCUGUAGCCGUUGCGUUAACCUUUCUUUCAACACGAA